ACAUGAUCUCAUGAUUUGACACUCAAUCUUCAACAUGUAAUAAAAAAAUACUCAAGAUACAGAGAAAAACCAGUGUGGCUUGAUUCAGCUUUCAUUAAUUAAUCAUGUUUUCAAGCAUUGGAUGGAUCAAUCAUUUCAAACUUGGUUAGGUUGGAUGUACAACUCCAACCCACCAGGAUUCCACGUGAAUCGGGCGAAGAAUUAUGAUAAGACUAUAAAAAAUACAUGCAUGAUAAUAUAUAAUUGAAGGUUGGAAGAACUACACAAAACAGAAGAGUAUGAUGAUGAAGGGGGUUUUCAUCAUUCUAUCUUCUGUUUGCUAUUUGUUCCUUCUAAUUUUACCAGCAAACUCAAGUUUGAUUCCUGAAAACUUCAUCCACUGCUUAUCUGAUCACCAAUUUCCAUCAAACACUUCAAUUCUAAGUGUAGUUUAUGCCACAACAAACACAUCCUAUCAAUCCAUAUUAGACUCUUCCGUUCAAAAUCUCCGAUUCUUGUCCUCUGCUACCCCAAGGCCUCUUGCCAUAAUCACUGCCCUGGAAUACUCACAUGUCCAAACUGCAGUUACAUGUUCCAAAUCAAAUGGACUCCAGAUUAGAAUCCGAAGCGGUGGCCAUGACUUUGAAGGCCUAUCCUACAGAUCCCAGGUUCCAUUUGUUAUACUUGACUUGAGAAACCUGAAAUCAGUUACCAUUGACAUUGAAGAUGAGAGCGCCUGGGUUGAAUCAGGCGUGACAAUCGGCGAAUUGUGCUACGCCAUUGCUGAGAAAAGCCCGGUUCAUGGAUUUCCGGCUGGUUCGUAUCCAGGUGUUGGCAUUGGAGGACAUUUCAGCGGAGGUGGAAUAGGGUACCUUGCUAGGAAAUAUGGGUUAGCUGCUGAUAAUGUCAUUGAUGCACUAAUAGUCGACGUUAACGGCCGAAUUCUAGAUAAAGAAUCAAUGGGAGGUGAUCUUUUCUGGGCUAUCAGGGGAGGUGGAGGAGGAAGCUUUGGAGUUGUUCUAGCUUGGAGAAUCAAGCUAGUCAAAGUACCUGAAGUAGUCACAGCAUUCAAACUAAGCAGGACAUCUGAGCAAGGUGCAGUUGAUCUUUUACACAAAUGGCAAUAUGUACAGCCAAAACUGAAUGAGAAAAUAACCAUUAUGGCAGCAUUAAACAAGUUAGGAGCAGGAUUUAGUUCUCUCUUCAUUGGCAGAGUUGAGGAACUCCUGGAAAUGAUGGAAGAGGAAUUUCCAGAACUCCAGCUGAGAAAAGAAGACUGCACUGAGAUGAAUUGGAUUGAAUCUGUCCUGUUUUUGUCUGGGUACCCAGGUGGACACACCAUAGAAAUUUUGAAGAACAGGGCUUAUAACCCGUUUCGGGCUCAUCUCAAGCUCAAAACAAACUUAAUUCAUCAACCUAUACCUUAUGAAGCAUUUCAAGGGAUGCGGAAUUGGAGUACAGGGGUGGAUUUCUCAAGCAUAUACUUCCAGCCUUACGGUGGAAUCAUGGAGAGGAUAUCAGAAUCAGAAACUCCAUUCCCACACCGAAAAGUUCAAUAUGAAAUCCUGUAUCUAAUGGGAUGGAUGGAAGACGGCAAAGAUGGCAAAUCCUCAUCAGAAAAGUACAUUCAUCAGCUACGAGAGUUGUAUGAGUUGAUGACACCUUAUGUUCCAAACAAUCCAAGAAGUGCAUAUGUGAAUUCCAGAGAUCUUGAUUUGGGGACAAAUGGCGUUUUUGGAACUACAACAUAUUCUAAAGCUAAGAAUGACUGGGGAUCAAGAUACUUCAAGAAUAAUUUCAGGAAGCUUGCGAUUAUCAAAGGUAAAGUUGAUCCAACCAAUUUUUUCUACCAUGAACAAAGUAUUCCACCACUGUUUGAUACCCAUGAUGAGUUAUGAGAGCAUAACAAAGUGCAAGGAGAAUCUCGGUUCCUUUCAAGUUUCACCAGCAAUGCCUUCUCAAGAUUUUAGUAUACAGUAAGAGGUUUUUAUUGAUUUGUGUGGUUUGAAUUAAGACAAACUAAGACUGUUUCUCUAGUGAUCAAGUCUUAUACUCCAUCCGUCUCAAAAUGAUUGUCUUGUUUGUUUUAACUUUUAACAAUGGAUGUAUUGUUUGUUUUAACAAUGGAGGGAGUAGCAUAUUAUUCUGGUAGACCAAUAGACGAAUUUUACAAGCUUUUGAUUAUUAUUAUUAUUAUUGAUAUGUACACCAAAAUAAUGUUAUUGAAACACAUUUGUAUCCUUAAAAUGGAGUAAAAAACAUGAAUUGUUACAUAUAAUUAAC